ACAAGCUGCUGCCGCACACAGCAGCCAGGAAGACUGCCAGCCAGCCAGCCAGAAAGAGAGCUGCUGUUGCUGCUGCUUGCGCUUGGAGGUUGCUGGGCUUGCCUGCUUUCUUUUUUCCCGACAAUGCUACUUUCACUCUAGCGAGUUGCACUGGCGCCCUCCCGAACGACAUCAAACCACUCCAUCGUCCUUCCACCUCACGACGACGAACGCUUCCACUCCAUCCCAAUCGCCCCUCUCUAGCCGCCAACUCUUCCUCCUCCACCAAACCCUCGUCGAGUCCUCCUUCACGAUCGCCUUCGCAACCUCUGCAACCUCUGCUUGCACCACCCCUCCGCAACCUCUCCCACCCACCCCCCCGCACACUCCUCCCUCCCCGCGCUCUCUCCAAAGACGACAAUCCUGUCGGACUUGCGCCCGGUUGUUUGAUCUCACCUCGACGUCCGCAUACUCUCCUUUACCUCUUAGAACAUGGCGACAGCUACCUCGGCGGUAGCGAGUCCCGCUGCGCCUGCAAAUACAGCUUCGAAUCCAGCUGGCCGACCGCAGCUGAAGGGCUCGAUAGGCGGGAACGCUGGCAACAGUAACCACAACAACAACCGGAGAUCGACCCAAUCGCCCAUCGACGGCGGUCAACAGAGGCGUAACUCUUCUCACAAGGGCUGGCAGUCGAAUGCUGGCCAGCAAAAGUACAACGGCUCCCCGGCCCCUACUGCUUCGUCCUCGCCUACACCCGGUCAAGCUAUGAAAUCACGGACAGCAUCUUCCUCCGCUCACGGCGAGUCGGACACCCACGACAAGCAUAUGCAUGACCGGACACUGUUCCUUCUCACCAGACUCCUCGGCAAAGAAGUCACCGUUACCGUAAAAUCCGGCGCUCAAUACACGGGUAUCUUGGUUGGUGCGGAUCCUCGAAACCAGGAUAUCGGUGUUUCUCUCAAGUCGGUGAAGCUGCUCAAAGCUGCCCCCGGAGACCACGAAGAGAAAACCAAAGACGGCGAAUACAUCGGUGGAAGCAAGGAGAGGGCGAUGGUCUUUGAACCGAAAGAUGUGGUGGACAUCGCGGCGCAAAAGGUUGUUUUCGAGGUGGAGGUACCGCACGCGCCGACGCUCCAGAAUGGGGCCUCAGGUGGAUUCAAGACGGAUACCGAUAUUUCGGCGAGUACAGUACCCCGCGCUACAAAGGAACUGCACAGAUGGCAGCCGGAUGAAACUGUAGGAGGUGGGCUCAGUCUGGAGGAACCAAACGCCGAAUCCGGUCAAGGCUGGAACCAGUUCGAGGCCAAUGAGCGCCUUUUCGGCGUCAAGUCCAAUUUCGAUGAAGACAUCUACACCACCCAGGUGGAUCGGGAUCAUCCGGAAUACCAACGUCGCGCUGCAGAGGCCGCUCGAAUCGCAGCUGAGAUUGAGGGAGCCGGUUCCCUGAAUGCACACAUUGCCGAAGAGAGAGGAAUUGCUGCGGUUGACGACAGUGGAAUGGACGAGGAGGAUAAAUACAGUGGUGUUCAGCGAACCGUUCCCGUCGCGAAUAACAAUCCCAACAAGUACACACCGCCUGCACGUCGAGCUCCCUCCGCGCAAUCUACUGUUCCCGGUGGAGCUCUGCAAGAUCCAGCCAUCAUCGCCGCACAGCUGGCACGCCCUGAAACGUCGCAACCGCAACAGAAGUCCCAAUCAGCCCAGGCCACUCCUGCUGCCCAGCCCGGUCAACCAGCGAAGCCUUCGGAAGAGGGAGCUGCCAAAUCAAGUGGAAGGCCUGGUUUGCCUGAGAUUAUCACGCCCAAGCGAAACCUACUCUCCGGCAGCCCCAGCCUCGGUAAACAAGGCGAGACGCCUGCGAUAGAGAAGGCUCUGAACGAAAAUUUCAAGAAUUUCGUAUUGGUGGAGAAAGGCAGAGUCAAGAAGAGGCAGGCUGACAUGGCCCACCGUGAUCGGGAAUCAAAGCUUAGAGAGCUAAAGAAGUUCUCGGAGAAUUUCACUCUGAAAACGGCUGUUCCUACCGACCUGGUCCCCAUCCUGACGAAGGAUAAGGCGAAACAGGCUGAGAUCCUGGAGAAGACAAAAGCAGCUGCCGCCAAGGCUGCCACCGGUGGUGCCGGUACCCAGGCUGCUCCUUCGAGCGCUGGUACGCAGAGCACGACUUCUGGCCCCCAGGGCGCAUCUGGGGCUGGGAAAGUCCCCCCGCCAAAUAGCUUUGCUGCCAAGGAUCCGGAGCGUUUUAGACGUGAGACAUCAGCCCUUCUCCAGAAUUUCCCGAAGUAUACCCCAGCAGCUACAACCGGGUUAGCCCAGAAUGUCCGUCGUGUGCAACAAGACAAGAACCUGCCGGUACGGCCUCCUAUGCCUGUGGCGGAACAGCAUCGUCAACACCAGCAAUUCCCACCUACUGGACCUGCGGCAUCGAACCAGGCGCAAUCCGCGGCGACUGGCCAGCAGCAGCAGCAUCAACAGCAUCAACAGCAUCAACAGCACCAGCAGCAUCAGCAACACCCGAGCGCCGCAAAGCGACUGAAUGUGAAUGCUCGGCCGUUUGAGUUUAGACCGAACCCUAGUGCAGCGACCUUCACGCCUACGUUUGGCGGACAGUCCACCAAUGCAACUCCUAGCCCUACGUCUUCGGCCAACCAUGCGAAUCCCAAUCCCAACGUUGCAUCCAGAGCUACAAGUCCCUCUCUUUUCUUUGGUAAUAAAAGACUGAAGACCGACAAGGAGAGGCCUUCCAUUAAGAAUAACUUCAACCCAUUCGAGAAGAUGAAGAAGGCCAAGGCCAAUACCCCUGCACCCAGCUACGUGGAGCCCGCUGGCAAUGCGAACGAUUACAUUGAUAUGCCAUGGUUCACGACGCCGACAUGGCCUACGGCAGACGCAAACAAGGACAAGUCGUACAAAACCAUGUUUGCCAUCAAGGUUGAAAUUGACCAGAGCGCCGUUCACUCGCCCCAGCCGCCGCACAUGAUGCCACCGCAGCCACACCAUCCUCAGAUGGCACAUAUGCCGCACAUCAACCAUCCGCCCCACGUGCCUCACCAACCACACCCUGGACAGAUGCAGCAGCAUCUUGGGAUCCCCCAGCAUUACGAACAGGACGCCCAUCUCAGGCAAAUAACAUCACCUUCUGUGAUACCCUCGCCGAGUCUCCACACUGUAGCGAUGGUUCCUUACCAAUCACCGGUACCCCCCCCGUCGCAAAUGGCUAUGUACCCUGGCCAGCAAGGUGCAAUGGGACAGUAUCCUGGCGCUCCCGGAGGUCCGCAAUUUGGCGGAUACUACAAUAAUGGUUUCAGAGGAGCCGCAGGCAACCCGAUGAUGAUGCAUGGUCCCCAACCGGUCCCGUAUCCAGCUGGGCAGAUGGGCGGUCAGUUCGCGCAACACCCGCCGAUGUACGGCUCGCCCCAGCAGCCGCAGGCGUAUAUGAACGGGCCACCUCCGCCAACCUCCCAAGGAUUCCCUAGCCCCGGAAGGCCGGCGCCGACGAUGAUGAUGCAUCAAGGCUCCUCUCAGGGAACGCCGGGAGGAGCCCAGAUGAUGCCCUACGGCAUGCAGCCUGGACAAGGCGGACCGAUGUACAACGCCCAAGGCCAACAGCCGCAGCAAAUGGGAAUGAUGCGUGGCCAGCCACUACCGCCGCACCAGAACGGGCCACCGCCGCCUCAGUACUACCACGGUCCUCAAGGCCACUACCCCAACAACCGGGGUAACUACGGUGGACCGUCGAACGGACCUCCUCCCCAGCAACAGCAGCAGCAACAGAUGGCGCCGCCGCCACAGCCACAGCCACAGCAGCAGCCACCCCAACAACAGCAGACUGUUGAAGCCGGCGAGGACGGUAAAUAAGAGGGACAGCACAGGGCGGGUGGAGUGUCUUUCGGUGUGCACGACGGGGAGAAAUAGGAAAGGGUAGGGGGAGGAGAGAAGGACUGGAAGAAAGAGGAUGACAGAUGGGACUCUGGUGGAGUAGGAGGCGUAUGUGCGGGGGUCAAUUCCAUUUUUUUUUACUGUUCCUUCCCUUUCUCUGGUGUCUGUCUGAACUUUUUUUCUUCUUCUGUUUCUCUCCCACCGGACUUGGCUUUCUUCUUCUCUCUUAUGUGUGCAUACUCUGUGGGUGUGGGUGGGAGGGGA